AUGUCCAUGCUUGUGGUGGAGUCGAGUCCUUGGAAUGCGAAUGAUUUUGGGAUUCCUUAUCCCACCUAUUUUCACCCUGCUAAGGAUGAUGAUGUCUUCAUUUGGCAGGAGAGGAUGCGGAGGUUGGAGAGGAAGUGGUUGUUUUCUUUCGCCGGGGCUCCACGUCCGGAUAACCCGAAAUCGAUUCGGGGGCAGAUUAUUGAUCAGUGUAAGAGAUCCAAGGUGGGUAAGUUGUUGGAGUGUGAUUUUGGUGAGAGUAAAUGUGAUUCCCCGAGCAGCAUAGUGCAGAUAUUUCAAGGGUCACUUUUCUGCCUUCAGCCUCAAGGGGAUUCCUAUACCCGACGAUCUGCUUUUGAUUCAAUGCUAGUUGGGUGUAUACCUGUGUUUUUUCAUCUGGGUUCGGCUUACACUCAAUACACUUGGCACCUUCCCAAGAAUUAUACUAAGUACUCGGUGUUCAUUCCAGAGGACGAUAUUCGGGCAGGGGAGGUAAAAAUUGCAUCUGUAGGUUCUUAG